ACAUCCUUAACAACAACAAAAAAAACCCAUUAACAAUCUCCGAUCAAUCUCUUUUCCCACAAAUCUUUGCCACCUUUGUUUUGGUGAAUUCAAGAGUGCCCUUUUGAAUCUUUUCAAAUCUCAGACCUUUGAGAUUCAUAAAGUUUUGUCCUUUUUUUUCCCUCCAUACCAUCAAAUCCCUAUUGGUUUUCUCGUUUACAGGAACUCUUUUUCAACCUUUCGGACAAGAUCAAUUCAUUAACACAGAUAUUAAACUGAUCUGGGAUUAGGGUUUGUUCAGACAUGGCACAGAUCAACUUCGAGGCCUUGAGGAACUUACAUGACUGCGCAAACUACCUCCUUCACUUACCCGAAACCGUAGAAUCUCUUUCUCACCAUAGACAAGAGAAACGGGUCGAGGAAGUUUCAGAAGCUUCCUUGAGGAUGUUAGACAUUUGUAACGUAUCCAAAGACGUAAUCUUUCUCGUGAAACAUAACUUGCAAGAUCUGCAGCUUACUCUACGAGGCAACGAAUCAGACAUCAACGAGAAGAUCGCUGCUUAUAAUCGGUAUCGUAACAAGCUGAGGAAGGAGACAUUGAAGUGCUUGAACUGCCUCAAGGGCAUGAAGAAAGACGGCGAAAACAGAAGCGGAAUGGCAGAGCAGAACCUUCUGUUUGUCGCAGAGGUAUUGAAGGAAGUUAGAAUGGCCAUUGUUUCAAUGGUCGAGUCCUUGUUCUCUCUUGUGUGUAUACCAUGGCUAGAGAGAAGAUCGAGCAAAGGGCCACUGUCGUUGUCGUCGAUUUUCGCGACGCGUUCAUAUUGCAACGAUAUUUGGGACGAGACUGCGGUGCAGAGCGCAAGUACGAGGUUGGAGGCAGCCGAGAUAGCCGUGGAAGAGCUUGAGAUAGAGCUGGAAUGCAUUUUCCGGCGACUGAUUCAGACCAGGGUUUCACUUCUUAAUAUUCUCACCAACUAGAUAUAUAUAUAUAUAUAUAUAUAUAUAUAUAUACACACACACACACACACACAUAUGGGCAUACAUAUUAUGUGUAUUUAGAAGAGGAAUCGGUUAGAACACGAACAGUGAGAAACCUUGGUUUCAUAUUAUCAACACAAUUGUAUGCCCAUGAGAGCAUUUACAUUCAUUGAUGCUCAUUUACAUAACCUGGUAGACUUUUUUUUUUUACAUCACUAUGCAUUAAUAUAGGUAAAUUCAUGGAAAUUAUUAUUGCAAAUCCCCUGGUAAGAAUUAUUUCAAACUCAAUUCCCAGAAGAACAAUAGCAAGGAAAUGCAAGAAAAAGAACAGAGUAUCAAUGUCUUACAAAGUUUUGUGGAUAAACAAAGGUGAAAUGGAACUUCAAAUUAAGAGUACUUUCUUCUUCACAACUCGCAAAUCCUUUAUUUUCGACACAAGAACCC